AUGAAGAGACGUUGCAAAGAAGCAAUCCCGAGUAAGGAAAAGGGAGGGAAGGUAAUGAUCAUAGAUAUGAUGGUAGAGAACAAGAAAGAAGAUGAUGAGUCAGUAGAAACACAACUCUUCUUUGACAUGUUGAUGAUGAUUUUGGUUACUGGUAAAGAGAGAACCGAGAAGGAAUGGGCAAAACUCUUUCUGAAGCUGGUUUCAGUGAAUACAAGAUUACCCCUAUUCUUGACUUACGAAAUGAUCAAAAAAGCAUCAACUUGA